AUGUCCCAAGGGCCUCGAAAGAAGACUAUCUCCGCGACGACACUCGCGGUUCAUCAUCAUCUACAAUGCGAUCUCUUCCUGUGUAAUUCUUAUCAUGGUUCGGAAAGCUACAGAUCCAAUGGAGCGCGAUCGCGUCCUACACCUUCAGAGCUCACGAAAGCAAUUCUGUCCCGCGGAGAUCGAUGGGAAUCCACUCUAUUCUCCUGGUUGGAUGAAAAUAAUCUCCUGCUACGUGUUUUAGGUGGUUCUCUGACUGGAGAAGAAAUACAAGAAGUUGUAGAAAUUGAUGAGAGGGAUCAUUUCUUCGUGGCUGGAUUAUCUUUCGUUCCACCAGCAUCUGCUUUUGAAAAGAAAUUCCGCGCAAAGGGACGGAACCCCGUUCAAUUUGGUGUCGCAAAGCCUGACCUUGUGGAGAUCAAGAAAGAGAAAGAUGGGACAAUCUUGUGGCAAGUUGUCGACGCAAAGUCGUCAGCGGAAGUGAAGACAUCACAUCAUGUUCAGAUAUACUUUUAUCAUGUCUGCCUGGAGAACCUCCUUUCCUUUUACUAUAAAUCGAUGGGUACCGCUGCGGUAUGGAUUCCACCGUCAAUAUACGGCCGCACAUCAAUACCAUCGUUCGAAGAUCUAAAGUCAAUUGCGACACCUCUUUUAUCUCUGCCUCUGGAUGACUUCCUGUUUAACAAACUGCCACAGGUUCUAGCACUUCAACGGAACGAGGUCAAAUGGCACCUAAAUCCACUAUGUCGGGGCUGCACGUACGAAAACGAGUGUACCGAGAGGGCGGUCCGUGGCGGCGAGUUCGGUUCAAUGGCGAAUAUCACUAUUCAGGACGCGGAUGUCCUGAAUACGUUUCUUGCUAUCUCACACAGGCAGAAUCAUAUCUCAGAUAUUGAGGACUUAUACGCGACUAUCAGGCCAAAAUCGAGGACAUCGGAUAUCCAGAAGACUCACCCUUCUAUAUUCAAGAAGGCGAAGCGGAUCCUCAAGAUUCAAGACAACUCGAGUCCCGUCCUUGAUGCAGCAUUGACUAAACGUGUUCAGAUUUUGAACAAGCGGAUAUUCACGUUACCUAGAGAAGAGGACAUUGCGAUCGUCAUCUCGCUUGUACUCGACCCCUCAACAAACGAAAUCGCCGCAUAUUGCAUUUCAACGUUCACAAACAUUGACGCACCGAUCGUCCCAGGAUCGCUGAGUGGCACACGGGAGACCUUCAUCCCCGACCUUGCCUCUGUUAUCCAGCACAUACUUGAUCUCAGUGAAGUUCAUGCAAGUCCUCCGCGAACGCAAUGUUACGUCUUCAACCCGGCAGAGCGCUCAGCAUUACAACGUACACUCAUUGACGCUGCACUCACUUCCGACAAGCUCGAGGAUGAAGUGCAAGAUGCGAUUCGGACUUGCAUCGGAGCGUUAUGCGAGGGUGCAUCGCUACUCGCGACGACUUUCCAGCCAAUCGUCCUUUCAGGAGCGCUUCUCAGUUUCCUUACCAAGAAAGGAGUCUCAACGGCGGAGUUGAAUUUAUGCUUGCGUCGACUCGGGCUACCACAUCGAAAUGGUUCAGACGAGGAAUUGCGACAACGCAUCCAGGAUGAGCUUGAAAGAUUGAAGAACUGUGACGACAGCGAUCCGAGGGAUCGUUCAGAGAUAGGCCAUCUUCCUCGAGUCGUAGCCUUGAAGAAUGCAAUCGAACAACUAUUAGCGCUACCGAUCCCAGGAUAUUGGGAUCUGCCUGGAUGUCACAGGACGUUGAAGUCAAGUUCGCUCAUUUGUCCAAGUGAUGAAGCAAUAUACUCCGCUGUCGCUGCGAGCCACCAAGCAGAAUAUGAGAGGAUGCUACAGGAUCGGACUGCAUGUAUCCAUGAAGUGCUAAAUAAGGCACGACAAAGGGUAUCGGACGAACAUGCAGGGAAAACAGAUAUAUUGGUCAACGAUGCACGCGUGUUGACGUCUGAGUUCAUGGACAUAUGUAGUCAGGACCAUCUCCGCAAGUUAUUCUUUAUGCAACAAUUUGAGGUCCUUGCGAAACUCAAUACGUUAUGGCAAGAUCGUAUUGAGGGAUGCGUUGAGGCUCCGCGACUCAAAUAUAAGUUCACGAACCGCAUGUCUGAUAACUCCUACUUGCACUACUUAACCCUGGAAUCAGGAUAUGUUGACCUCUCGUCCGAAAGAGAUCGAACUUACUAUGAUUACAUUUUAACAGAAGAUGUCGACUCUGAUCAAGAAUUACCAAUCGAAGCGCUCUUUGACGACCUCGCUGUGUUCAAUCUCAUGUUCCCGCUGAACAAGUAUACGCGAUCGAGGUGGUCCCAGCAGCCACUUAUAGUGCAACAAAGACUUUUCGUGGCAGAUGUGAACAACAUGGUAAUCCGGAACAACAGAACUUUUGUCGUCCUCCGGACGUUUGGAGAUUUCAAUCUCCGACUCAGGUCCAACGCUCGAUACCGACUCUCACCGAGACUGGUGGACUUCAAUGUGACGAAAGUAUUGAGUACGCUUGUCGAGCUCGACUUGCAAACGCCAUCGCAUCCAGGUUAUAUGCAGAAGCCACCCUUCCUGCAGUUAUUCUCAGACUCGAAGGCCUUUGCGAAGUUCUUGAGCGAAUCGGAUUCUAUUGCAGAACGGUACUGGGCGGAGGAAAAGAGGAUACAAAGAUGGUUCAGAGAACUGAGCGGAUUGGGACAAGAGGCUGCUAAUUCACUUUUGUUCAAGCCAUCUCAAGAGCACGCACUCCAUCGUAUCCUCAAAUAUAGGUUGUCUGUGAUCUGGGGACCUCCAGGUGGGUGCACUCUUCGCAGAUCUCAUUGGUAG